UGGCGGAAGUGGAGGCUGAGUUCGAAUUAAGCAACGCGUGGAGCAAAGUUGGUGAAGACGAAUGUUCUGAAUAGACAAUGGUAGCAUCGAAAACUGGAACAAAAAGGAAAUUGUCUAAAAUUGGAGUGGAGGAUACGUGUGUUAGUUACAAUGAAUCGCUUCUUGUUGGCAUGCAUACUUGUAUGUGGGAUACCCGCUUGAGGUGUCAAAUUGUGAAGUAUGCGCUUGUAAAAGUGGGAGUCUGUCAGAGUGACCAGGAGUGGUCUUAUUUUGAUUCAUUAUAUUUCUGAAGAGCAGAGGAAGAUUGCAAUGGGCCUCAAAAUAUCCCGGACAACAUAAAUGUUGUGUUUUGAAUUUCGGAGUAGAGUUCCCGUCAAAGGAGUCAUCUCCGGGGUAACGACGGAUGUCCAGGUUGAAUACCAUAAUAAAAAAUCCUUGUGUGGUUGGUGCCCGCCGGCGUCGGACCCGCUGGGUGGAGGGAGGAAAAAAGAAAGUGUCUGUCGGGUUGUUUUUUUAUUAAGAGCAAAUACCUACGCAUGUGAAGCUUGGUUAUGUAAGAGCUUGAGUCCCCAAACCACUGCAGUGCACGAAUUGUAAAGAAUUUGGCCAUGUUUCAAGUGUGUGCAGACUAACAGAGUACACCGAAGAACGGUGUGUAGAAGGACAGUUGCAAUUGUGGUGGGGAUCAUGAUCCUGAGUUCCUGGAGUGCCCUGUAAGGGUGACAUUGAGGUGGCAAAAGUUAGAUUGGUCAAUCGAAUCUCCUAUGCGGAGGAAAUUAAAAUAAUUGAGAAAACAAGUGACGCUAGUGAAGAUAUGGUGGUGGAUACACCACAGCAUGUAGUAAAUGUUUGCCGACAGACAGAAAAUACCCUGCGUGUUAAAAAGUUGGAUUUUUUGCGUUCAUUGCCAGUUAUAAACAGUACAGCACAAGUCGCGAAGAAGUCGAAGAAACUGGACAUGGUUGUGGCUGCGACAGAAUCGGUUUUGAAAAUGAAGACCUACAAGGGGUACUGGCGCCGGAGAACCGCACUCUCAUUUUCAACUGGAGCCUGUGUAUGGAUCACAUGUUUUAUUUAUUUUUUAACAACAGUUUUUUAAUUUAUUUUUUGGUAGUUACGUUUUUCAGGUAAAUCCUGUUUCCAUCCCGCAUAGUAGAUGACGGGAUGUGUGAUCGUCAAUAUACCAUAGAAGAAGAAUAAAUUCUGAAGGAUUCCAAAAAUCCGUUAACCGGAAGUACUUAGUUAUUCUUGCAUGCGUCAUAGUGGUAUGCGAUAACAACACUUCAAUCGUUUGUUUGCGGAUGGCCAUAACGUUAUAGAAGAAGAGCCACAAUAACAACACAGCUCACUUGCCUUCACAGCAAAGAAGAAGACUUGUGAUUUGAGGGGGAAAAUGGCCACCACAUCUUCUCUUCCAGAGGAGGACCUCACCUGUCCCGUAUGCCGAGACAUCUUCAGAGACCCAGUCAUCCUGUUGUGUAGCCACAGCUUCUGUAUGGACUGUAUACAUGGCUACUGGAGGGAGAAAGAAGUGAAGGAAUGUCCAGUCUGUAGGAAAAGAUCAAAACUCAGUGAUGCACCCCUCAACCGGGCUUUGAAGAACCUCUGUGAGGCCUACUCGAAGGAGAAAGCAUCAGCAGGUGUCCUCUGCAGUCUGCAUGGGGAGAAAUACAAACUUUUCUGUCGGGACCAUGGACAACCUGCUUGCCUGGUAUGCCAGACUUCUGAGUUACACACAAACCACAAGUUCUGCCCCAUGGAUGAAGCUGCCAAAGAAUACAAGGAGUCUGUGCUGAAGCUCCUACAGAACAAACUGGAGGUCCUUGAGGCAGACAGUCGAACUUGUGUUCAAACGGCAGAUACUAUCACGAGCCAGGCCCUGUCCACAGAGAGGAAAAUAAGGGAACAGUUUGAGGAGCUUCACCAGUUUCUACGAAAUGAAACGGUAGUCAGGAUAGCUGCCCUGAAGCAGGACGAAGACUACAAGAGUCAAAUGAUGAUGAGGAAGAUUGAGGAGAUGAACAGAGAGAUAUCGUCCCUUUCUGACACCAUCCAAACCCUAGAGGAAGAGCUAGGGGCUGAAAACAUCUCUUUGCUACAGGACUACGAGGUCAUCAAGAAAAGAGUUCAGUGCAUAUUGCCAGAUCCAGAGAGGGUUUCAGGAGCGCUGAUCGACGUGGCCAGACACCUUGGCAACCUGCAGUUCAGAGUCUGGGAGAACAUGCAGGAAAUUGUUGAGUACACGCCUGUGAUUCUGGACCCCAACACUGCUCACCCAGAUCUCCUCCUGUCUGGCAACCUGACCAGCUUCACAUGCAGACUCAGUGACGACCAACAGCAGCUUCCUGACAACCCAGAGAGGUUUAAACACCGCUAUGCUGUCCUGGGCUCAGAGGGCUUCAGCUCGGGGAUACACAGCUGGGACGUAGAGGUUGGGGACAGCAAAGAGUGGGCAGUAGGUGUAGCCAUCGAGUCUUGCGAUAGGAAGGAGACGUCUCGGUGGCAUAUUAGUGGAGUCUGGUAUGUACUCUCAAGAGAAGGGAGUGACUAUAUUGACCAAGUGUCACCGAAUGCAUGUUACUGUCUUGAACCCUUUAAAGUGAAACCCCAGAGGAUCCGAGUGCAGCUGGACUGGGACAAAGAAACCGUGUCACUUUCUGAUCCUGUCAAUAACCAACGUAUUGGGUGUUUCUUCAAAAACCCUCAAAUAUUUUCAUUGAGUUUCACUGAGAGAAUUUUCCCGUUCCUCAGUGGGGACUAUGUCAGGGUUAUGCCAGUGAAGGCCUCUGUAACACUAUAGUACAGUUAGAGCUGAUAAUUACACAAGUCGGGUUUCGUGUUAAAACGAAACUACAGGCUAAAAGACACAAACGAUUGCUGUGGGAACAUUGUUUACCAAUUUCAAAUGCAUUCAUUGAAAUGAAUCAGUUUGUUAAUUUUAAUGUCUCUUAAUAUCAGUAAACCCUUGUCUGAUAAUAGACAUGAGAACUGCAGGUUUAGUUCUGUUUGCUGUUUUUCAGUGUUUGUGCCUGUUGCUGAAUCUCAUUCAACAUCGACUUAAUGGGACAGAUUUGGAAUAUAUCGGGGGGGGUUCCAUUUUGAAUGCCAGGUGUACUGAGCACAGAUAUCCCCGUUGGCCUUUUGACUAGUUUGUCUAGAGAAAUGUUACUGUUGUUCAGUAAAUCUUCUAGUUAAGUAUCCGCUAACCACGUAUGAUACAGCAAUCUGUCAGUCAAUGACAUGCAACCAUUAGUUGAUGCAACACUACCUUUGACUCAGCCUGUCUGUGACUGAGAUCCCACUCCCCCUCUCUCUCUCUCCCACUCCCCCUCUCUCUCUCUCCUACUCCCCCCCUCUCUCUCUCCCACUCCCCCUCUCUCCCACUCCCCCUCUCUCUCUCUCCUACUCCCCUUCUCUCUCUCUCCCACUCCCCCUCUCUCUCUCUCCCACUCCCCCUCUCUCUCUCUCCCACUCCCCCUCUCUCUCUCUCCCACUCCCCCUCUCUCUCUCUCCCACUCCCCCUCUCUCUCUCUCCCACUCCCCCUCUCUCUCUCUCCCACUCCCCCUCUCUCUCUCUCCCACUCCCCCUCUCUCUCUCUCCCACUCCCCCUCUCUCUCUCUCCCACUCCCCCUCUCUCCCACUUCCUCUCCAAAGAACUGUCUCUCUCUCACUUCCUGAAUUCAUCCUUCUAUUUUUAUUUACAUUUGCUGUUUUGUUAUUUAGCCUUUUAAGCGCUUUGAGAUUCUUCUCUAUCAGUAAUGGUCUUCCUGUCUGUGAAGUGUGCUUCUCCAUUCUAGUGUAAUUCUAUGUCAUGUAAGUUGAGUAAUUGCUGCAGUGUUUUAUACCAUGGUCAUGUUUUACAGCUUUUCUCAUGUAUUAAGCCAGUUUUCAUUUUAUACAUAAAAUUACAUUUUAAAUCUG